AUGGCAGAUCAUUCUGUUAGUUCAACAAGUCCUCUUCUUAUGAUGCGAAAUGUUAUAGCCUGUAGGCUUGCAAGCGUUGUCAUUGGGACGAGGGUAAAUGUACAUAGACAUUCAUCUAUGCUUUCCAAUCGUGAAAUAUGUACGGUAUAA